GUUACGGCCCGUGUAAAUCAAAAACUCGAUAGUCAGAUUACGGAUACGGGAUUUAGUUUGCUGCAACUCAACUCCUCUGAAAGCAUCAAGCACUUCAUUCCUCAAGGAAUUUCACUAAAUAGCUCGUCAUUAGCCCAGAAUAACACCGAAACCAUCUGCAAACUCUUGGCCCCACGCCAUGGUUACAUCUUUUCCUUCCAGGUUCAAAGCGUGCGAAAGGAAGAUUCGUUCACAUGCAAACGAACUUAUGGAAAAAGUAAUGUUGUGUCCUGUUUUUCACAGGAUCUCUGCCUUCAAAGGGGUCUUGGAGGAAUUUUAACCUGCCCUAACUCAAUUCUGGGAUUCUACACUGAAGGUGCCGAUUGCUAUCAAGGUCAAAUUGGUUGGCCAGUAAUGGCAUCUCUUGUUACGCCUGAAAUUAGAAAUUGGAUAAAAUAUACUGUGAGUAUGGGACAUGCAUAUCAAUGUGGGUAUUCUCCAAAUGAGAAGAGUCAAUCCUUCCAUUGGUAUACCUAUUUUAAUCGAACCCAAUCUUCUGAAGGCAUAUGUCUGGUUGCCUACGUGAGAAAUGAUACAUUUCCCCUGGUUACAUCCGUCCAAUGCCUCAAACAAUGUAUGAAUUCAAUACUCCCUAAAGCGGAUGGAGAACUCGGUUGUGGAUUAGAUGAAUAUGAACCUGAUAUGAAGUUAUGCCCGGCUAAGAAAAUAAUUCAAAGACUCUCGUCACCAAAAUCUCCGUGGACGCAGUGUUUGAUAGCAUAUCUAACUUCGGCUACUGAAAAGGAGAUUAGAUUUGAGCCGGUGAGAAUUGGUGCUUUUAAGGAUUGUGAUGGAGAAGGUUUCUACAAUCCGUUUUUGGCUGACACUAAUCUUUGCGUCAGAGCAAUGGAAGACGACGGUGUUCUGAACUGUUCUUCAUGGGGAGAAGCAGGUUUGGUACAAUGUAAGAGAAGUUCUGAUGGAUUAUGGGAGUUUUUGGGCUUUACCAAAUCCUGUUCAGCUCGAAGGCCCCGACGUCGUUGGUUCAUACGAAGUUUGGAGCUUUAA